AUGAGAAACAAAGCGUACAGCAAUAAUAUCGUGCUGCUCGGGCUGGACGCCGGUAGCUUCGGCAUCAGUGCUCCGAAUGGCAAUUGCUGCUUCACAAGUAUCUCUAGUAUGGCCAUUAUGAAGAAGAGCAAGCAAAAUAAGGCCCGAAACUGUGGAACAAUAUUGAAGAUGAGCGCAAAAUUAGAAACAACUAAACUGUUAUGGUUCUUUGCUUUAAUACCUGUCGAAGACGAGAAAAGUUCUCAUAGAGAGAUAAAAAAAAAUAAUAGAGAAAAAAAAGACUUCUUUGCCCAAUUUCUCCUGUAUUUGAUCUUCAGUGUGAUUAUGGUGUUUAUAUAUAGCAUUGCUGUAUACAUGAAUUUCGGUCAGGAACUGGUAUACCAAGGCAUCAAUUACAGUAUCCCUGCUGAGGUGUGCAUCUUCAUAUAUUGUCUGGAAUUUAUUUUUACUAUAUUAUUCAUCUGCGGAGCACAUAAGAAAUUAAUAUGGCCUGUGAAAAUAUACUUCUACUUUUGUAUUUGCUCACUCGUGUCUUCAGCGUUGAUGCAAAUAGUGGAUAUAGCAAUAUCUACCUCUACGAUAUGGUCAUUCUCUUUCUACUGUUUGCUGAUUCUAGUUUUCUUCUGUAGUGUAUGUGUACAAUCAUACAUAGUGUUACUUGUAUGGAGUUUAUUGAAGAAAUUCGAGGUGGACGGCCCAAACGCUUACGAAAACCAACUGCACCAAUUCGUCAAUGGUGAUCUGAAUGUGGAAUACAACGGAAUGACCCACUCUAGAACUGUACCAGAAUAA